UGAUACAUGUAUGAAAUGUCUGCUUUCCUAGAUGAUCUUUAUCUUAAAGUGGGAGGUGAGCUCGUGUUGACGCCGGACAAGUCCACGGUGCCUGACUCCAUCAUAAGCGUCCUAUGGAAGCAUGGGAAGAACAAGGUGGCAGAGUGGGACCAGGGGUUUGGUGGUCUGGACAUCUAUGCCUCCUUCAAAGAGCGUACAACCCUGGACAAUACUACUGGAGAGCUGAGAAUCAGUGGAUUGAAGAACACAGACAGUGGAGUUUAUUCUGUGGAGUUCAACAGCAAACUGCUUGACAAAACAUAUAAACUAUCUGUUAUCAAGGCAGUCCCCAAACCCACCAUCACUUCUUCCUGUAACCCAGACAAAACCUCCUGCACUCUGACCUGUGAGGGCGACACCACUGAUGCUGAACCAGUCACCUACAGCUGGAAAAAGGGAGAGAGGGCGUGGGAGGACUUAGACAAACAGCUAAGUGUCUCUAAAUCAACCAAUGGUAUCAAGUACACCUGCAAGCUGAGUAAUGCUGUUAGUUCGCAAGUCAGUGAGCCAGUUGGAGAGGUGUUUGGUUCAGAGCAUUCCAGUAUCGGUGUUGUUGUUGCUUUGGUUGUCGUUGCCAUUGUAGCGUUUGCUGUCAUAAUAGGAUUUUUGGUGUGGAAGAAAAAGACAGGGGAUGCAGGCAACAAUCAGAAUACUGUUGCCCUGGAUACAGUUUACAGCGUUGUAGGAGAGAAGUCUUCUAGAGAUUACUCCAGGAAUCAGAAUAAUAACAAUCAGCCCAAUAACACGGGGAUUUCACUAACGGGGGAAGACAACGCAGACAAAACUGGAAAGGGGCAGGGGAAUGGAGGUGUGUAUAAAAAAUCUAAAGGCAGUGAUGUAGUCCAGCCAGAACAAGCAGCUGAAGCCAGCGGAUCCAACAGUCCUACAGUUCAGUCCAAGCUUGAGGCUGGUGGUCUUCCUUGUGGGGUAACUGAGGAGCAGAAACAUGGGGUUUGAAGGCUCUCAGUACAUGACUCCAUAUCUGUUACAUUGAGACAAACGACCAAGAAGAGAGAAACAUGUUUGAACUGUUGGAGAUGUUUUUAAUGAAAUGUACAUUUAAAAUGAAGGAAAACAACAGGUGAACGUUGCACAAAGUAACAUGCAUUCAAUCAGAUGAAGUACAGUGAGCUACAAAAGUAUUGUGUCAGUGAAAUAUUUUGUUGUUUUGGCUCUAUAUUACAGCACUUUGGGUUUGAAAUGAGAUCAUGACUAUAAGGUUAAAGUGCAGACUAUCAGCUUUAACCCGAUAUGGAUGAGAAUAACCUCAAAUUAAAGCUGACAGUUUGCACUUUAACCUCAGUUGUUGUAUCAUUUCAAAUCCAAAGUGCUGGAGUACAGAGCCAAAACAACCAGAAAAAGUGUCACUGUCCCAAUACUUUUGGAGCUCACUGUAUAAUGUGAUGAACAGUGUGCUUUAUGAACUUACAGUACUUCAGAAAUAUGAGGGCAAUAUUUGUAUCUCAGAACAUUUUGAUGAUGGACAAAAAAGUAUCUCAUACUUUGUGGUAAAUAGCUUUGUGGAUUCUUAUCCUUUCUCAGUAUUCAUGCCUCGUCUUUACAAAUCUCAAUCAAUUUGUGCAGGUUGUUUGAAGACAUAGUAUCAAUCACUUUGUGGUUGUAUGAUUCCUUUUCAGGUAUUUUCUCCAGAGCGCUUUAUGCCAACCCAAUGCACUUUCUGUUUUAAAUCGCAGCUUGUGAAUGUCUUAUCAUUUCAUAAUUGACUAAUUCUUAAAGCCUUCACUUGACUUAUGUCAAGUCAUUUGUACAGGUUGUUAUUGUUUUAAUUAUAAGAAGGAGAGCUCUGUAGUACUGAGAUGUAUUACUAAAACAUUUUAAUGCCUUAA